GUUAUUUUUGCUGUUGUAGGCCUAUGAGAUGAAAAUGAAAAGAGCUAUCAAUCCAUCCUCAACCUUUUUAUCCACUACCCUACAUGGUUUGGAUAAAGCCCUGCAUGGUGGAGUGGCCUGUGGAUCCCUCACAGAGGUAACUGGCCCACCAGGUUGUGGAAAAACUCAGUUUUGUCUUAUGAUGAGUGUACUGGCUACACUGCCUAUCAGCAUGGGAGGACUACAUGGGGCUGUCAUAUACAUUGACACAGAGUCUGCAUUCGGUGCUGAAAGGUUGGUUGAGAUAGCAGGACACCGUUUCCCUAAUUAUUUUGUCACAGAAGAAAAAUUGUUUUCAAUGACCCGUAGCAUUCAUCUCUAUCCGGAACUCACCUGUGACUGUGUGCUAAAAAGGAUUGAGACUUUGGAAGAAGAAAUCAUUUCUAAGAAGGUUAAGCUUGUAAUAAUUGAUUCUAUUGCUUCAGUGGUCAGAAAGGAAUUUGAUAUGAAACUUCAAGGCAACUUGUUGGAGAGAAGUAACUUCCUGGCCAGAGGAGCGUCCUUGUUGAAGUACUUGGCUGAGGAAUUUUCAAUACCAACUCAGAUUCCUGGGCUGCAGCACUUGUGUUUACUGAUAGUGUUUCCUCAACAGGUCUGGGUUAUCUUGACAAAUCAGAUUACCACACGGCUGAACAAUGGCCUUGAUGUCCAGGCAAACAUAGUGUCUCCAGCUGAUGACUUGUGCCUGUUUGAAGUUUCAGGAGCCAGUGGGAGCAAGGACCAGGAACUUGGCUAUGUGACAGCCGCAUUGGGGAACACAUGGAGUCACAGUGUCAACACAAGGCUCAUAUUACAGUAUCAUGACUUGCACACAAAACAGGUCCUGGUUGCUAAAUCUCCUGUUGCUCCAUUCGCAGCUUUCUUCUACACCAUUGAAAAUUCUGGUCUUGUUCUUCAAGGCAGAAAUAUCCAUUGUGAACAGAUGGGCGUGCUCCUGGGGAUGCUCUGAAUGAGCUGCACAGGUCACCAGUGGUUUUUGUUUGCCUUGUUGCAACCUACAAUUAAGUGUAAUUCAGAACAAACUAUCAAUUUGCAUAUUGCCUCACAAAAUGUAACAGAGUUCAGGCUUGCUGGUUCAAAUAUAGUCCUGUUUGUGUGUUUAAGAUUAUUCCUCGCGGUUUCCAUAGUGCAUUAAUAUUUCAGCUUUAAAUACAAUCUCUUCCACGGGCUUCUGCCAUGUAAUAUACUUGCUUGUUUUGGGGAGAGGAAUAUCUUUAGGUUGUCAGGGGGAGAAGCUGCUGGGCGAUGCAUAUGUAAAUACCCUCAGUGCUUCACUACCUUUAUUAGCAGCAAACAGAAAGAAGAGUACACAAGAGCAUUCCAUAAUUUGCAGUGUCUACAGAAUUCCAUCGGUGGAGAAGUUUCAUCACUCAUUCCAGUAUCCUGCACAUUACGAUUUUGUAAGUCUUUCUUAAAAGAAGCCUGCUUGUGAUGGCUUUACAAUUUAUAGGUCUGUCAAUAGUGAAGCUAAUGCAAAUCCCACACCAUCUAAAGUCUUCCCCUUGGGUCCUGGUUCUAGAUGUGGGGAAGAAACCAUGAAUUUUCCUCCUUCUCUAGUACCCCAGUGCUCAAUGGGAACAGAUUACUGCAUAAUGAGAUUUUCCCCUCCAUUUCUGAUCCUGCUGCUAGGAGUUGGUUGGAUCCUGAGGAAGAAGAAUUCAGCAACAUGAUGGCUCAUAUGAACAAAUUAUAUCUUUCUUCUGUCAUUUGGUUGAAUUCGCAAGGAAACUGAGUUGGUAGACAGGUUUCAUUUUCACUUGGUUGUAUCUGUCAGUUAUUGCUUCCAAGUUGUAUGUGUAGCCUAGUACUUGUGGGACUUUUGUUUUCCUAAGCUGUCAGACAGUAGAGAUGGGGUUGAAAUCAAUUGGUCCUUCCAACUUUUAUCUUAUAACACUGUCCAAGAGGAAACUAUUGUAAACACAAGCUCCUUGGUUCGGUGGUUGUGUGUGUGUGUGUGUGUGUGUGUGUGUGUUUGACUUUGCUGCUGUGAGUUUUACAGCACCAGUCUUAGUGUGCUGUACAGAUAAAUAUGGACUAAUCAGUAAGAGAAGUUUCUGAACUGUCUGCCCUUUCAAUAGUAAUUUGAGUCAUAGCAUGAAUUUAAUGCCUGAUCAUCUGUCUGACCUCCUGAAUAUCAGAGGCCAUUACCUCCAUCUAUACCCACACACUAAACCCAACAACCAAAAUUAGACUAAAGUUAUAUAGCCCUCAAAAGACUAGACUAUUAUGCGCCGCAGCUAGUCAUCAGUUUUCUGAAAACAUUGAGCACUUCAGUCUGAUUCUGUGGGUCCCAUAUAGUAAGGGGUUAACACUGGAAGAUCUGAAGGUUUGGUUGCCCAUCCCAUUUUAUCAAAACCAGUCAAAUCUACAAAAUUAUUACGAUAGCAAAGAUCGCCCCUACUCUAAGGGACUUAAAUCACUUAAACAAGCUUUCUUGUGAGCUUUCCACUUCUACUUGGGCUGGAAUUACACUGAACACAACUUGUGUCAUGUUAUUUGUCAUUUCCCAACUACGGGAAACAGUUUCUGAAGUCCAGAGGCAGCACAAAUAUGAAAAAUCGUAAGGAAAAAAAUAAUUUGAACAUUCUUACACAUGCACAAAAGUCCAGAGUUCAGGUUUUGGAGGAGUGUUAUCCGAACACACUUAUCUAUUCCUAAUUACCUACCAGGGAUUUAUUCACACAGCCAUAUUGCCAGCAUACAAAGUACGAGACACAUACCAUAUACAGCAACGGCACACAUGGAUAGAUAUGCCAACCAUCAGGUACACCAAAAUAUUCAGGCAUGUACGUUACCAGACUUCCAAGUAAUGGAACACCAACCCCCUAUGUGUAGAGAAAAGGUCAGGCCAAGCAUCAGGCUAGUUUCUGCCAGGAGAGUAACAUGUUUGACCUCAGUGGCAACAUGGGGGAAGCGUAUGAGUCACAUGCCUUUUCAGGACUUGCCAGUCCCAUUCAGUCACACGGUGCAGCCGGGUCCCCUCCCCUGCAUGCCUGCACCUUGUGGGAAGGGGUAGGAGUAAUAGCUCAGAACUGCAGGGAGGGGCCCCUGCUUUCUGGAAGAGAGCCUGAGGGCAAGUGGGGAAGCCCUAUCUGGGGGAAAGCCAUG